AUGAGCCAGCAGUUUGCUCCACAAGCACCAUCUCAUCCCGUCCAGCAAGCAAACCGAACUUCUUUACCUAUGGUUUCACGCGCCGAGGUCGCAGACCACUCUCACUCCCGCUCCCACUCCCAGUCUCGAGCCGCGCCUUCUGUCGUUUCCCGUACCUCACGAUCGAGAAAUCACCACAGCCGAGGCCGCUCGCAAUAUGGGGGCUCCUCUCAUGUGCCGCAGAACGAGUUUCCAUUCUUUUCGCAAACCGGGGAUGUCGAGAUAGUCAUUGUCUGCGGUGGACAGGAGAAGAGGUACCUGCUACACAGUUUUACAUUGGCACAGUUCUCUGGCUUUUUCCAGGCCAACACAACUGAAGGAUGGUCUCGAGGUCAACCGCAACAAGGUGGCCGCAACGUCUCGUCUGCUUCGCGACCUGAUCAGGCCUUGAGUGCCAUCGGAGAGGAGUCUUCUCAAGUCAGCUCGACUGCUGGGCCCUCCCUUCCUGCCCCUCCUCACCCAGCAGCACCAGUGUCGGCUCCGACCCAAAGGAGGAGAUGGAGGUUUGAGCUUGACUGGGAGGACCUCGAGGAGGACGAUGAGCCCAUCUUGGUCCACAAGACCCCUCAGGGCAGUCUUUUUACUCCUGCAGCAGCGCCACCGCCGCCGCUUUCUCCCCCAGAACGUCCAAGACAUCAACACACGUCCUUUUUUCGUUCCAUGGCCAAUUUGACCUUUUCUCACCACGGCCCGGCCUCACAAUCUAGUGCCCAACUCGCAACGCCCGCCCCGGAUCCAUGCCUCACGAACCCGCUGCUCAGAGACUACGAUAACCUGUUCCGCAUUUUCUACAACUACGCUCCGGUUCUGAACUCCUCCAACAUCGCCUCCGCCUAUUCAGAAUGUAAGGCUCUCCUUUCACUCGCAGACAUGUACGACGCUCUUCCCGUUGUUGGACCUCGAAUCGACCAUCACCUCUUGCGGUUCUCAUCGCGGCUCUUCAAGCAGAUUGCGAAAUACCCGCCGUCAUAUCUCAAACUUGGCUACCUCGCACGAAGUCGGAUCAUCUUCUCGGAAGCAUUAACUCACGUGGUAGGCCAAUGGCCAGCCGCCCUGCCGUACAUCAAGCCGCCUGAUCACUCGGGUGCAGGAUAUGAGGUGCCUCAGUCAGUAAUUGAUUUGAUCGAAGACAAAGUCGAUGAACUUGAGGAGUUGAAGCAGAAGGUCGAAACGAAGCUGUACAGGUUGACUCUGACCACAUCUCGUGGUGAGAGGGUCAAUCCGGCAAACGACUAUCUUGGCUGGCUGGCCGUCAGUCUCUGGCGCCAGUGGUUGGCAGAGAACACGGCGCCCGAGAUUAGAGGGAUAUUGAAAAACAGUCCGAAUUCGCGACCCGGCAGCGGACAUGCGAAUGCGAACAUGCCACCGAGUGUACAUGGUCGACCAUUGCCGCCGGGGACCGUCGCUCAAAAUCCCAUGCCACCGCCUCCUCCCUAUCAAGCCCAUGCGCCUGCUCCCCCGGCAAUCAAUACAGGCCGCAUCUUUCGUCUGAUCGGUUCUUCCGACCCUGACAAAUUCCUCGCCGACGAUGAGCUAAAACGGUUCCUCAAACUCACGCCACCUGGCUCUUCUCACUCUCUUUAUAGUCGCGAAAAUCUCCGGAGAUUUGAACGCAAGAUUGACGAGAUCAAGAAUGUCGCCAGGGAUAUUGUGAAACCGUUGACCAGGAACUGCCUCGAACUGGAUUUGAGGAGUCUGAGUGACGGGGGAGGUGGAGGACUAGGCUAUUUGACGUGUAUGAGGUGCGAGGAAGACGAGUUGCCCUGGGAGCUUUGA